AUGGUCAACCUCAGGCCGCAUCGCACGCGUGCGACGCCGAACGGCUCGAUUUCCGAGAUCUUUGACUAUGCCGACUGGAAGAUCAAAGGCGAGAGAGCCCCGGUUCUCAUGGAAACGCGUCCGCUGACGCUGUUCUAUCAUUCUGAGCGAAUGCACCAGAGCAUCGAAAAGGUGCACCAAUACCAACGCGUGCUCUUGGAAGCAAUCUAUAUCGUAUUCUCGGAGAUGGACGCCUGCCAGAAGACGCCAAAAGAGUAUCGCCAGGAGCUUUCCCCAGAGGACCGCAUCGAGCUCGAGAAUCGUUUCUCAGAGAACGUCAUGUUCGCGGCGCAGGCGCUUCACGGCGGAUAUCGAAUCCGAGGGAUCGAACAGUACACCUUCGAUCUUGUGGCCGAAGCCAGGGCGCUCUGCGAGGCCAAGGAGAGCCUCCGAUUUGCAUUUCGGAACAGAAUCGUCAGCAGUGCAGCACCGCCACAUACCGAUCUCUUUCCGUUUGUUCAAAAGUUCGACCAAGCGUGGACGGCGUUCGAAAGAAAGAUGUGCCGCAUAUACUAUACGGUCAAAUACGACACUGCGCCUGGCGGAGUCGAUCAAACGGACCUCUUCGAGGUCCUCAUGAGCGAAACCAUCAUCCGCGCCAUUUGCAAAGGCUAUCACGACUGUGAGCAGCUCCAGUCGCUGGAUCCAAUCUUGAUGUUCUCGAUACCACGACUGGCCAUCGUUGGAGGAUUUGUGCAUUUUACCGGGGGCGUCGACCUGCUUGAGUUUCGAUGGUUCAAGGCGCGCCGCACUGAAAUGGCAUAUGUGCGAGAUAAGAUGUCGCUGCUGAGCGAGCCGCAGGUUGCCGAGCUGGAAACCAUGCUGUCCCAGAACAAAGGCCGAGACGAUGAAGACACCCCGAUUGGACUGCUGGAUCUAUUUCGUAAGAUCUGUGCAAUUACGGACGACCUGCAAGGCGGGCGAAUGGCCAAGGAAAUCAAUGCACUGAUGCACCGGGUUUUCAAGAUGCAUCUCGUCACCCCGCAGAACAGCCCAGAGCACGACGGAGGAGUGCCACUCGAUCGACAACUGCCAGUGCGGUCUGCGAUAUGAGCCCGCGGGACUCUCUCUGGAGGCACCGCGAGUACCGCAACAGCCCCUCGUGCCUCGUGUAUUGCCA